AUGAGUACAUCCAAUGGACUUCAACAUCCUGAAGGCGACCUGGAUACGCCAUCCACCUUGCCAAUGUGCCAAACUCAAUCUGCUCAGCCAGAUUUUAGCAGUAAUGCAACCAGUGCCAGCACUCUUGGCAUCCCCAACACAUAUGGGCCCCUAGCCUCCCAUAAUCUGUUCCCAUCCCCACCAUCAUGGACCGGAUCAAACGGUUAUUACGGACUGAACCUUGGUGUUGGAGGGCCUAUGUAUGGCCAGCAAUAUUCACCUUUACCGUCUGACUUGAGGCGAUGCAACACCACUCCACAGGCCAGAGUACCAAUUUCCCUGGUACCAGUCACUUCCAGGAUGGGGGUCUCACUUGUAGUCCUUUGGGGCCAUCCUCUCAAGAGGCGUUUGAGAAGCUAA